CAACAAGGACGGCAGCACGGAGGAUGUAGCAGUUCUGCUAAUCUGUGCGUGUGGGUGUCGCCGGGCCGGAGAAGAAAUGAUGUGCAAGGCUAAUAACAAGUUGAUGGGGCGAGGGUAUGUGAUGAUGGCGGGAGUAAAUUCAACUUUUCCAGUGCUGGUGUUUCCACGUGAGCCCCCAAGGAUCCCUGCGUAGAAGAUAUUAAACAAGGAAGUAGUGGUGGAGAAGGAGGACUUUUAUAACUACCACUCAAUACUACUUCUACUACUUCACCAGAAGGUUGAUUACUUUCCGUGUAGUGAGAUAAUUUUGGUUUUGAAUUGCCAGGAGUGCUAAGUGUAUGUGAUGAGAUGCAAGUGCAUUAAUAUCAGUAAUAUUGUGAUAGUAAUGUGGCUUACUCAUGGACACCACAUUUUCAAACUUUUUCAGUCAUGGUUUACAUUUUGAGCAGUGUAUGGAUAUAUUACCUCAAAAAAAGUUUUAAAACUGCCUUAAACUGUUAAUUGUCCCUUAAGAGGACCGGUAGAAAGUUGUGUCUGAACGAAGGAAGUGCCAUUCAGGAAGGGUCAUUGACUUGGCACUGUGUUGUGAGUGCCAGCAUCUCUUUCUUCUUGCUGAGGAAGUAAACCUUUCUGUGUAAGGUUGGUGUAGUGAGAUUUAAACUGGCUGUCUCUGUGUUGCUCCCGUCAUUCCGCCACGGUGGCAGGGGUGGGCGGGGGCACGGCUCUAGCUGGGGGGGCAGGCCCUGAUAAUAUGGCCGACCACUUCCAGCAAGGCAAGCAAAUUGUUGUAGAUCGGUUGAAACGUCGCCUUGGACAGUAUCGCCAGAACCAUAAUUCUGUAGUCAGUCGUUAUGACACAUCUAUAGACACUUUGUAUACGGACCAAAAGAAUCAAACGUUAUUACUAAAGCAAAGACAUAUUGAAUCUAAGGCCAAGAAGAGUAAUAAGAAAUCUGCUGACAACAAAAAGCAGGAGAAUCCUGCAUCCCUGUUAACAACCAUGGGGCAAUCAAAGAUGCUUGCCCGAGGGCAUGAUCAGACCACAUCAUCUGGCGAGUCUCAUGAAAAUGAGCCGGCAACAAAGAAGCAGAGGCUUAAUAAUGGUGCCCCACCACCUUCCAUGGGUGGCCCUCAUGGUGCCUCAAGUCAUGGUGGUUCUGCACCACCACCACCUCCUCCUCCUCAUGGUGGUGGGCCUCAAACUCAUGCUGGGGCAUCCCAGGCAACUGCACCUGGAAGGGAUAUUACAGACUUCCAAAUGGUGCAACAGUUAUCUAAUAUUAAAAAGACGGACUCCCCUGUUCCUCCUGGGGCUGGGGCAAUAGGUGCCACUACCUCGGCUUCUAAUGGCCCCCCUGUUGACGAUAUUAAGAAAGAACAACAGGAUCUUGAUAUGGCUUUACUUGAUGGCAUCGAAGAUUUUAGUAACAUUGAGGACAUAGCUGAUAUGGGAAUAAAUUUUGAUCAGUUUAUUCAAGAUUUAGAUUUUGAUAAUAUAAAACCAGAAAAUCCUGGGACAGUUUUAAGUGAAUAUGUAAAAGAGGAAUCUGUAGACUUAUUUGAAAACAAUCCAUCUAGUGUUAGCAGUGACAGCGGUGUCGCAAGUGGUAAUACAAAUGCCCAAAGCCCCCAAGUUGCAUUAAGUAAACCUAGUGGCACAUCCACUACAGCGGCUUCACCAGUGUUUUCACAGUACCCAGGCACUCCUCCAGUAUCUCAUACCUCGACCCCCCCUACCUCUUUCACACCAACCUCAUUUAAUGCCACGUCCACUCCAAGUACAUCGGGAUCCCCAACACAGUUUUCCACAACAAGCAGUGUGCCAAAAAUACGUCCCGGUAUGAAUAUGAACAUGACCCAGUCCGACAUGAUUCCCGCUGCUCAAACCUUGAAGCACAUGGCUGAGCAACAUCAGAUCAAGAUGUCCUCCACGGGGACGAAUAACGUUCAUCCCAAUUUCCAAGAUUAUGGGAUGAACAGUAUGAACAAUCCUGCUGCUGCUGCUGCAGGCAUGAUGGGUCAGACAGGUGGUGUGAAUAAUCAAAUGUACCCAAAUAGCAUGAAUCAAAGUAGUCCUGUGUAUAGUAAUCAAAACAAUAUUAAUGAGCUCGAAUUGAAAAAGCGGCAGAUGUUACAGCAGCAAAUGGCUCAGCAACAACAGCAGCAGCAGCAACAGCAACAACAACAACAGCAGCAGCCGCAGCAGCAGCAGCAACAGCAACAACAACAGCAACAGCAGCAGCAGCAACAGCAACAGCAACAACAGCAGCAGCAGCAACAACAGCAGCAGCAGCAGCAGCAGCAGCAACAGCAACAACAACCCUCACAGCAGCCUACUUCUCAGCCGCAACAACAACCAGGUGCACAACAGCAGGCACAGAUGCCUGGGGGAAUGGUUGGAUACCAGAACCGCAUGUCACCCAUGGGAUCUUUUCCCAAUACUUCUCAGCCAAAUGCACUCACUCCGCAGCAAUACCAGAUGUCUGGAGCUAUGGGUGGUGUAGUAAGAGGGGCUUACCCUGGUGGUCCUCGUGGACCAUCGCCUAUUCCACCAGGCUCACAAGGAGGACCUUCGCCAAUGGGUGCUGGCCAGAUGGGUGCACAAAUGGGUACUGAAAAUAAGAUGGGAAAUGAAAUGUUUUAUCAGAGCCAAAUGGGUGGCCAGUAUCCAAUUCAAGGGCAACCGCAACGCUAUCCAGGACAGCAGAUGAUAGGUCCUGGUGGCAUGAUGCGACAUGUUAGUCCAGCUAAUCAGAUGAUGGGACAGGCCAGUCAAAUGAUGUCCCGGCCACCUCCACCUGAUUACCCUCAAGUUGCCCUUAUGCAUAGGUCUCAGAUGAUGGGUCAGCCCAUGCCUCAAACCAUGGGUCAGAUGGGCCAGGGAAUGGUGAGUUAUCAAGGUAUGCGAUCAGGAAUGAGACCAGGAAUGGUUAGUGCUCCCAUGGUAAAUAUGGGAUCCAACCAGAUGAUGGCUGGUAUGGCCCAGCAAACAUUACCCCCAAAUAUGCCUACCAUGAAACCUGGGCCUGGUAUGGUGCCUACCACAUCCAUGAAUCCAUCUGCUUCUAUGCCAAGUAGUACAAUUACAGGUGCUACUAUGCCUACAGUGACAGUGAACACCAUGUCAGCAGGCAACAUGACCAAUAGCAUGGGGCAGGCAGGUAGCGGAAGUGCGAUAGGCAUGGUUGGACGGGCAUCUAUGGGAGCAGGAAAUAUGAUGCAGAGGCCAAGACCCCCGAAUGUAAAUAUUGGUCCGGGUGGUUUGAACAUUAGUACGCAGAUGCCGCCGUCGAGGCCCGAGUGGCGACAAAUCAUGAUGCAGGGCAACCAGAGUAACAUGAUUAUAAACAUGAGAGCUGGUUACCCUCAGCAGCAGCCACAGCAAGCAGGGAUGAUGACACAAGGAAGUCAGCUCAUGGGGAUGCAGCGGCCUUCAAAUCAAAUGAUGAAUAUGAUGGCUAUGCAACAGGGACCUGGUAUGCAGCCAGGUCCUAAUAUGCAGGCUGGGCCAGGUAUGCAGGCCGGGCCUGGCAUGCAGGCUGGGCCGGGCAUGCAGGCUGGGCCGGGCAUGCAGGCCGGGCCGGGCAUGCAGGCCGGGCCUGGCAUGCAGGCUGGCCCUGGCAUGCAAGUAGGCCCAGGUAUGCAAGCUGGAACAGGUAUGCAAGCUGGACCUGGUAUGCAAGCUGGACCUGGUAUGCAGGCCAAUCCUGGUAUGCAGACCAAUCCAAAUAUGCAAGGGGCACCAAGAUUACAAAAUGCUGCUGCAAUGCAGGGAACGCCCAGAAUGCAGGCCAAUAUGGUUGGCAUGACACAGCAAGGCCAGGCAAAAUCAGCCAAGAUACGACAGACAACUCUUUCAAGUGUCAAAAAGGUACGGAUGGGUAUGCAGAUGAGCCAAGCUGGUGGCAUGGGUGGUGCACAGGUGACGUCCCAGUACCCUGGGCAGCAACAACAAAUGACUGGCAUUGCUCAAAUGCCUCCUGGCGCAAAUCAGAUGAUGGGUAAUGCAGCUGCCCAAGGGAGAAACCCAGCAGCAAUGGCUGGUAUGACUGGUGCUCGAAGCCCAGUUGCCAUGGCUCAGAUGAGUGGAACUGGGCAUCCAAUGAGCCCUGCUAACAGAGGUCAAAUGGGAGGUGCAAGUCCUGUAAGUAUGGGUCAGAUGAGUGGCUCAGGACAAGCUCCCAGCCCUGUUAGCAUGGGAGGUAUGUCACACCCUAGAUCCCCAGCAACUGUGGGUCAAGUGCACCCACGUAGUCCAGCUACCCUGGGACAAGGUGGACCAGCUAGACCUUUAAGUAAUCCUGGAAUGGGUCAAGGAGGACCAGCAAGACCUCUGAGCAAUCCAGGUAUGACCCAGCAGCAAGGCCAGCAGUCUUCACAGGUGGCAGCUGCAGCUGCCAUGGCAGGCCAACCACCUGGAAGUAAUGCCGGACAAUUAAACAGAGGUUCACCAGGUAGUUUAACUCAAAAUCCUGGUGGUGGCCCUGCAUCUCGUCCUGGUCAGAGCCCAAUGAACCAAGUGCAGCCUAUUCAGGGUCCAGUUAAUAGUGUAUCGCAACCUAACAUGAACAUAAAUAGGGCUAAAGGUGUCCCAACGACAGUGAACAAUGGUCCUAAUGCUCCUCCUGCAACAACAGUGGCUAGCCAGCGUCCAAACAGUGAUGCUAAUAAUGUACGGACAUCACAACCUUCAACACCAAACCCGCCCCCUACUUCAACAGGAAGUGCAGCCCCUACCACUGACUUUCUUGAUUUUGAAUUUGGUGAAUUUGCCCAACUUAUUAAUGACUAAAUAGUGUAAAUGGGGCCUGGGUAUGGUGCCUCAUGAAGUGCUGUACAUAAGAAAGCAUUCCUGUAGUGUUAUACUCUGUAUAGUGUACAGUCUUAAUUAUUAUUAUUUUAUUAUGUCGAUAAUUAUCGUGAAUGGUCCAAGAGUGUAAUUUAGUGUAAUGAAAGGACUUGCCAUAUCAUAUAGAGUUACUGCCAAGUAUUAAUACCCCAGACCACCUGCACUUAAGAAAUAACCCAGUUUGUCAACGGAAGAAGAUUACAUUCCAUGUUACACUUCACUGGGGCAGAGCUAAAAUUCUUCACCCACUGCUUGUAAUAAGCACCAUGCCAAAAAAUACAACAAAAACUAUCUUUUGAGAAAAGUUCAAUUCAUAUUUUUGUGUUAUUCAGGAUGAAAUUAGAGGGAUUUUGUCAAAAAGGUUGAUUAUCUAAGUAUGGUACAUUUUCCUCUGAGGGAAAUGUACCUAACUGGUCAGCCACAAUAGGCUCAAUAUAAUUUUUAUUUCCAUGACAUGGGCCUUGGAGUUCAAUUUUUGUACUUUUGAAUAUUAUGCAAUUCUUAAUGCAGAAUUUUACUUUGAAAAUAAAAAAAAUAAUCUGAAAUCUUAUUUUUUUAGGACUGUACUAGUGCAAAUUAAGAUGUAUUUGAACUGCAAGGUCCUUUUUGUGCCAAGUAUGUGUACAAAAUGACAGCAUGAAAACAUUAUUGAUAUUUACUUUUAAUUUUGCAAAGACACUGUCUGCCAUGUAAAGAGUGUUGGUCCUUUUAGCCCUACCCCUUUAAUAAGACGACUACUUGUACUGUAUAUUGUAAUGUAGCUGGUUUUGUAGACACUUAAGGCUGCAUUUUAAUUAUUCAGAAGCAUCAUAGGAUAACUUCUGGUAGUCAUCACAAACAUUGAAACAUCUUUCCUUUUCUUUUUUCUCAGCAUCUAAUGCUACCAUUUGCGUCUUUAGAUACUAAGGAUUUAAUCUGCUGCCUCACACCCAUGUGAAGUAGUGGAUGCAAAUCAAAGUAUGCCCCAUAAAUUAUAGCAGUUCCACAACCAUCGUCACCAUCCCAUUUAGUGCCGUCACCCAAAAUUUUGCAGUAAAAAAGUUCUCGGGAAGUUAAAGUACAGUAUUAGAUAUUCGUAGCAGGUGGAAAGUUUACUUUCAGCAAGAUCAAAGUUUAAGAAUGUGUUUACUUAGCAAGUGAAAAAAUGGUCUAAUGUGUAACCUAUAGUACUUGUAAAAUGGAUUUCCCAAGGACUUGACUGCUGGAAAAAGUGCAAUGGUAAGAUACUGAAGCUAAACAUGCCUUAUUUCUCCUGGAGUACUUGUAACCCAGAACAUUGGCUACUAUUUCUGUUGGACACAACUUUUGCAGUGUGCAUAUUUAGAGAAAAUUGUUUUCACAGUAUUACAUUAGAAAUUUAUACUGCACACUGCAUUUGUUGGGCCUUCCAUAUCGGUUAUCCAGAAUAUGUCUAUGCAGUAUUAAAUGAUUUUUUGUGUGAUUUGUAUUUGCUGUUGAAAAUUUAAUUUGCCCCGUAUUAUGUAUACAGAAUAGUAGGAGAUGAAGGCAUGAUGUGGCUUCAAUUAACACUGGAAAGAAACACAAAACUGUAAACUUAUUUUUAUAUGACUUGCAGUUUAGGACAAGAGAAAUUGUGCUGAGCCUGCUUCACAACAGCAUCAUGUCAGUAUAAUAGCUUCUUUUGGUUUCUGCUGUACAAAGUCUUGUAGACAAUAUGCUUUUCACCCAGUAUUCUCAGGUAUUUUUGUGUGAUACUAAACCUACACAUUCAAUAUAUUUAUUUUGGAGUUUAUACUGUUUUCUGAUCACCACAGGCCCGAAGUAACUCUUAUUACCUUGUUAUUAUGUCGUUUGUCAUUGCUCUCUGAAGAUAGUUCAGAGAUGUGUCAUGACUUAUUUCAGGUAGUUAUCCUUCCACUUUCAUUUUCCUCUGGGUGUGUACAGCAGAAAUUAUUUGAAGAAAAGAAAAGAUGUCAUCUGCUAUACGGCAACAAGAGUUACAUCCUACAGUUCUGUACCAUGAUUAGGUUGAAGUGUCUGAUGAGGAUUUGAAGUUAAUUGUUUGGUCACAGGUUUGCAAAGGACAAUGGUAGUUCUUGUAAGCAUGUUGCUCUUGGAUGUUUGUAUGGCAGUGUGAACACAGGUCCUUCCUUGAGUGCGUGCUACAUGUUCGCCAGUGUACAAACUUGUAGGUAUAGUCCCAUCUUAUAAAGGAAUGAAGGAAACUAAAGAUUACUGUUUUAAGUGCAAUCAUUUUGGGUUAAAAAUUUAUAGUAUAAGGUAAUUCAGUUAUCAUUUGAUAUUGUAGAAUAUAACUACAAAGUAAUUGUCUUUAAAAUGGUAAUAGUGAUUGCUGUGUAAACAGAAAUAUUUUCCUUCAGUGUGCCUGUGAAGUCAGUGAAAACAUAGGUUGUGUAGCAAAUAUUGUUUCAGAAGACAUAUUUUCUGAUUUAAAGUUCAAGUGUACAAAUUCUUGCGCCUCUACAUUUCUAGAGUGGCAGUGUGUUUUCACUGAUAUUCUGGUACUUCAGAUUUUAUACAAGCAAAUUAUAUAAAGUUUGUGCAUGUGAGAAAAUCAUGAAUUAUGUGUCUUUGGUAUUUUUUAACAGAUGUUUGUUUUCCAGCGCAAGUGGAAAUAAGCCUUAUUAGUUUAAUGCUGAAGAUGCAUGAUGACUGAUUUAUUCACAUUUAAGUGAAAAUUUGGGCAUCAAAGCAUUUUAUUUCCUCUUCUGUUUUAAGACAUUUUUAUUUAUCCUAUAAAUUUUGUACCAAAUAUUUUAUGUAUGUAAUUUAUGCAUUUUUUAAACAUUUAAACCAUGUCAUGUGACCAGUGUUUUAAGUAUUUAUUCUUGAUGACAGAUACAGAUUUUUAUACUAAAUUAUAGAAUUUUAACAAAGGUGUAAAACUUUAGUUUUGGUAUACAGGUUUGUUUGUAUUUUGAAAGUAGUACUUAUUUUAUCGUAAUUUUUAUAUUCUGUGUUUUAUAAGAUAUUUGUAAUAUGUUGCUAUGGGAACGAAUGAUUACUGUGGAAAGAUUUGGUUACACCAGUUCUUGUUUUCUUGAAUUCUCUAUCACUUUGUACCUGCCAAUUCAGUUUCAUCAUGCUUUGAUUGCCCCUAUGAUAUAAAUAAACAACCUGAGGAUCUGGUGAAUAUCAUAAAAUGCAUCCUGUAAUUGAAGGUCAUCUUGAGUAUCAUUUGAAAUUGUGUUCAUCAGAAUCUGAGGUUAAUUGUGUCCUGCAUUGAACCUUUUGUGACCCCAGACAGUGCCGCACCGCCACCACGACAGUGUCUUGCAUCACCUCGCAUUGUUUCAUCGAACACACCUUAGCCACCUUUGCAAAAUCAUUGCUGAGGCUGUCUGCAAAUCAGAAUCCACCUACAGUAUUUUACCUGAGUUUGUAAUUUAACAGAUGUAAAUAUUUAUGAAUGAGGCAAGUUCAUGUAAACUAUGAUUAUCACCACUAGCAAGUUGUGGUUUAAUGGUAAUGAGCAUAGUGUAAUAGCUUGUCGUAACUUGUCUCAAUAGUGAAUUCCAAGGCAGUUGAAAAGUGACAAACAUGCAAGGGUUGCCAAGGUGUGAAACGUCAUUCUUGUAUUGACGCAUAACAUAGGCUAUAAAAUUGAGUCGGCUCUGCCAUUUCCUCAACCCUGCUGUGUCUUGUUGGCUGGUUAUUAUAUAGGGUGUAAGAAAAGAAAAAAAAAAGGCAAAUUAGCUCAAAUGGCUCAGUAAACAUGCAUCUGAGAAUCAGGAACUAGUUGUAGGGGUACAGAAAAAUGUAUUCCAGGGCACAGGUUUGAAGGGGGAAGGGUUGUGUUAAAUGAAUGAAGAUGUUCAAGUAUAAAAGGUGGGUGCGGCACACUUACCCCCUGGCCACGCCUGUGACCGGUUGAUCUCAACUGAAGUACUUAGGUCACAAGUCAUUCUCCUAUCAUGUCAUCUACCAGCUGGCAUGCCAUCCUUGCAGAUAUGUAAAUAUUGUUGUCAUUUCAAAUGCAAUAAAAUAGUUUCGGUCAA